AUGAAUAGUGAUUUACUUAUUCAAUAAUCUCAAGUUUUUUAUUUGCUAAGAGAAGGUUUAUGGAAAACAACUUAAGUAUUAUGUCAUAAGGUAAAAUGUAUGAUAAAUAUAAAUAGUUUUAUCAAAGAAAUCAAGAUCCUUUCUUUUAAUUUUGGAGGGCGUUCUGCUAUUUCAAAAGUGGAAGUUUGAAUGAAGCAAUAAAUGAGUUGACAUUAAUUAGAAAUAAAAGAGAAUUUUAAUUUGCAACUUCAGCAGCACUUAUAUACUAUUCAUAGUAAUAACGUGGUGUUGAUAGAGUAAAAAAUUGAAAAUUUAAUAUUUAGGAAAUAAUUGAAACUUGUAGACAGAUGUAAAGUGAGGGUCGAAAGACUCCAAAUGAUAGAGCAUUUUAGAGUGCCAUAUAUUUCUAUUUAUUCUUAGAUGAAGGUAGAAAGGCAAAGGAAGUUUUAGAAUUAUUAUCAUAAGGACAACCAAUAAGUUAAAUUACUUUGGGAUGGUAUAAAUUAUUAUAAAAAGAUGAAUAAAUUAAUAUAACUGAAGUACUCGAUUAUUUUUAAAGUAUUGGAGGUAUAUAAUAAUAUUAAAUUAUGAUUAGGGUAAUUCAAUUAAAAACCUAUUGAAUAUUUGUUAGGGCUAGCAAAAGCUUCAGAAAUCAAUAAAAAGUAUCCAAUCAUUUUAGAUGCUUUAAAUGAAUUAAUGAUUGUUUGGAGAGAUUUCCCAUUUACAGAUGUUGAGAAAUUAAGAUUUUGUAUAUUUAUUUAAGAUUGGGAAUAAUUUUAAGAUUUGGCUAAUAAAAUACUUUAUGAUGAUCCAACAAAUAUAUUUGGAUUAAAAGCAAUCGCUUUUUAUAAUUUAGCUAGAAAAGGUGAUGUAAGAGAAUCAAUUGAAAAAAUGGAAGAAUUAUUUAAUGCUAUUUAAAAAUAAGAAGAAGAUAAUGUUUAAUUACUUUUAAAUUGUUGUUAAUUAUUAUCUAGAGUUUCAGGAAGAAAUUAAUUGAUUCUAUAAUUGACUAUAAGUUAAAUAUAGAAAAUGAGAAAAGUAGCUCCAUUAUUAGGGGAUUUAUGUUUAGAAUUAGCAUAAGAAACUUUAAUGUUAGAAGAAUAUGAAAAAGCUUAUGGUUAUUUUUAAGAAGCAGUAGCUUUAGAUGAAGGAAGAACGGAAUCAUUAGCAGGAAUGAUUCAAUGUAAAAUUUUAUAAGGAGUAAUUGAUGAUGCAGAAAAAUAAUUAGAAUUUGUAUAAGAAGUUUAAGUGUCUGUAGGUAGAACUACUGAAAUUGCUUUUUUAUAAGCUUUAUUAGAGAGUAAGAAAUCAGAAGGAACUGAUUCUCCUAUUGCUUAGUAGUUUAUUGAAGAAACACUUAAACUUCAUUUAACGUAGAGUAAAUAAUUAUUACCUGGAUAUGAAUUUUAUAUUAAAUUUAAUCCUGAUUUUACAUUUACCAUAGCUUAAAUGUACCUUAGAAAUCUUUCAACCAAUUUAAUGUUGGCUGGUAAAGAAUAGACUACUUCAGGUAUUGGAAAGGGAACUAAACUAUUAGAAAGUAUAGCAAAAUAAGCUCCUGGUUUAACAAAUGUAUAGUUAUUAUUAGCAACUGGUAAGAUGGCUUUAGGAGAUCCUUAAGAGGCAUUGAAAACUAUUAAUAGAGUCUUAGAAUUAGAUCCAAAAAAUGAAGAUGGCUAUAUAUUGCAUGCCUUAAUUUCUAUUAAAACUAAAUAAAUUAAUUUAGCUGCAAAUUCAUUGAAUUAAGCAAUAUCUAAUAAUUUUGCUAUCAGAGAAAAUCCUUUAUUUAUGUUAGUUAAAGGAGAGGUUGAGUAUAGAACAGAAGAUUAUAAAAAUGCUUAAAUUACAUUGGAAGCAGCUUUUGAAUUAGUUGCAGGAAAAUAUAAAAAUAAAAUUAAAGUUAAAUCCAAAAUUGUAUAAUUUACAGAAAAAGAUAAAUGCCAAGUUUUUGUUUUAUUAGCUAAAGUUUAUGCAGUAAAUAAAAAAGAAGUUGAAGCAAAAAGAAUUAUGUAAAAAGCAAUAUAGGAAUAUGCUGGAAGUCCCCAUGAAAGCACAAUAAUGAUGGCUAAUAGUGAAAUAGCAAUAGAAAGUGGAGAUAUCAAGAAAGCAAUAAAUAUACUUAAAGCAGUUUAGAGUGGAUAACCAAAUUUUGUUAAUUCAAGAAUGAUUUUAGCAGAUGUUUAUUUGAAAUAUUUGAAGGAUCGUAGAAAUUAUACAAAAUGUUAUGCUGAGAUAAUAGAAGCAGAACCAACAGCAGAAAAUUAUAAAUUAAUUGGAGAAGCAUUUAUGAAAAUAAAUGAACCAUAAGAAGCAGUUUUAAGUUAUUAAAAAGCUGCAGAAUUAUAUCCAGAAGAUGAAGAAAUAACUAGAACUAUUGGUAAUGCACUUACUAUGACAUAUGAUUAUUAGAAGGCAGUUAAUUAUUAUGAGGCAGCAUUGUUAAAAACUCCAGGAAGAUAAGAUUUAUUAGUAGAUUUAGGUAGAUUGUAUUUGAGAAUGAAUAAUAUUUAAAAAGCAGAAUAAAUAUUGGUUUGGGAAAAGUUUUUGACUGAUGAUUAUGCUGCACCUUCAUUAACAACAUUAAGAGCAAAUGCUUAAGGUUUUCUAUUAAUUGCAAGAAUGAUUACUAAAUUAUAAUAAGCAACAUUUAAUUAAGCAUAGAAUGCAGAAAAAGAAAAGAUAUAAUAAUAAUUAAUGGCUGAAUCAUAAAAAUAAAUUGAAAAAAUUAGAAAAGCAUUUGAAUAUGCUGUUUCAACAUAAAAAGAUGUUAUAGAAAAAAGUAAAUAAGAAGCUGCAAAUGUUAAUAAAGAAAAAGAAUAGUUAGGUUUAAUAUUUUUGGAAUAGGCUAGAUAUUUUUUUAAUAAUGAAAGAAAUUAUAAGGCAACUUUAGAUUGUAUUGAAGAUGGUAUUAAAUAUAUACCUACAAAUGAAAGUUUAAUUUAGUUAUAAGCAGAGACAUUUUACUAAAAUGGAGACAAGAUUUCAUGCGAAUAAAAAUUAAAAAUUUUAUAAAAAUUAAACCCAAAAAAUGAUUAUGCAUCUAUGAUGUUAUCAGAACUUGUUCUAUAGUAAGAUGACAGUGAAAAAUCAAUAUAAUAAUUUGUUUAAACAUUACAAGAGAAACCUAAUUCUUUUGGAACUUUAUCUAAAGUAAUAGAUUGGUAUAGAAAAUAAAAUAGAUUGGAUGAAAUUUAAGUUAUAAUUGAUAAUUGUGCUAAGGCUACAUAAAACUAAAAUGAACCAGGAUUAUGUUUUUGUAGAGGAUUAUAUUAUAAAUAUAAAAAUUUACCAAAAGAAGCAUUAAUAUAAUUUAAUUAUGCUAAGAAACAUUAAUAAUAUGCUGAAGAUAGUUUAACUUAUAUGAUAGAUUUAUAUUUGAAUCCAGAUUAAGAUCUUUAUUAUUCAAUAACAGAUGAAUAACCAAAACCAGUUGCUGUUGAGAAUUUAAAGGCUUGUGAUUAACUUCUAAAAGAACUCUAAAAUAGAGGAAGCAUGUCAAGAUAUUUGGUAAUGUAGGCUUAAGUACUUUAAUUGUCAGGAAAUCCAAAAUCCAUUGAAAUGGCAAAUGGUAUUUUGGGUUAGUUAUUAAAAAGUAAUAGAGAAUGGUCCCCAGCAAUGUUAAGUUUAGCAAUUAAUAAAUUCUUAAGUAAGAAACAAACUGAAGGAAAAACUAUUUUGAAAUUAUUAUGGGCUAAACAGGCUGAUAAUAGUGGUUGGGAAAGAGAUGAAUUAGAAAGGGCAUGGUUAUUACAUGCUGAUGCAUUUAUAUCUAUUUAAAAAUAUGAUUAAGCUGAAGAAAUUCUAAGAAAAUGCUUGAAGUAGAACAAAUGUUGCGCUAAAGCCGAAGAAUUAAUGGGUUUGAUUAAGGAAAAAGAAUAAUCAUAUAUUGAUGCAUCUAAUUCAUAUGAAAAAGCAUUUAAGUUGACAAAUUAAAGAAAUCCUAUUAUGGGUUACAGAUUAGCAUUCAAUUAUCUUAAAGCUAAGGUAAUAAUUAAAAAUAUAUAAUAAGCGUUUCGUUGAUGCCAUUAACAUUUGUAAAUUGAUUCUUAAAAUAAAUCCAGCAUUUCCUAAAUUACAAUCUGAAAUCCUAAAUAAAGCAAUUCAAGCUUUAAAGCCUUGA